UCACCUGUCAAGCUAAUGGUUGAAUCUAGCGGAGGAGACAGGGGUGCUGAGGAGGAGAGACCGCCUUACGGCGCUGAUGUUAUAGAUACACCAGAGAAGAUGAAUGGGCUACACUCACAGGCAAUUUCCCCACGAGACAAGAAAAGAGAAUGCAGUCCAGUUAACGACGAUGGGGGGCAAAAUCAUUCGUUCGGCUUGCUUUCUUGUGCAAAGAGUCCUUGUGGAGCGUCACUGGCAGAGUCAUAUGAUGAACUACGGCAUCAGCAGAACUGCCCAAGCCUGACAGUUCAGAUCGAUGCAAUGACACUCCAAAACGGAAACGAAGGGGACAUCUGCCAAGAUUCGCUCGACGUUAAGCUUGACAGCAAGUUACAUACAGUUGAAUCCCGCACCACUGAAAAGGGGGGGAAAUUCACGAAUGGUAAACUGUUCAAAGGCCUUACCGAGGCCUCAGUGGACACUGACACAACAUCAGCCUCUUUGACGACUGAUGUUAACUCCGGUUCUCCCAAGCACCAGGUCCACCCCACCCCAACAGAAACACAGUUAGCUUCUGUCUCACAUGACGGAGAUGAGCCCAGCAGUGCUGGUUCACAUCAGAGCUCUCAGGCUUCAAUACUUAGCCCAUCAGACAGACAAGCGGAGGAUCACAGUCUUGGAGAGCAGGUUGAAACUAAAGGGCAUCCCUCAGAUAAUGAGCGGGCUAGCAGGCCUCAUUCCCUCAGGACUAUUUCCAAUAACAGCACCCACUUUCUCAGCUGUGACUCUACUCCAUUAAGCCCAGAUGAUGAAGUGUCCUUCCCCAGAACAGGUUUGCAACAGGACUUAACAUUUAUGGAUGUAAGCCUAAAUUCCAGGAACACCUAUGAGAUUAGUAGACGCCAAAGUGCCCCAGACAACAUCCCAGGAGUUCUGAGUGUUGUAGCCUCAGAUCAGGCUUUGAGGCAAAAGAAACAUGGGAUUUCUGAACUCUUUGGCAGGAGUUUGUUCUCCAGGAAGCAGAAGGACACAAGUAUGCUUUCACAGAGUGCUCCAGGGUGGAAACUGUUUGGAAAAGUUCCACUGAGGGAAAAUACUCCCAAAGACUCCAGAACAAUUCAACAGGACAGUAACCAAGGCAAUCUUACAUCUGUAUCUACACCCAAUCUCUUAAGUACAGGGGAGUAUGAGGCCAAGACGGGAAAAGUUACGCAGCUCCCCUCUCAGUCCACUCAGGGACGGCGAAAAAAUCUGGACUUUGAACCGCUGUCCACCACAGCCCUUAUUUUGGAGGACCGCCCAGCGAACCUUCCUGCCAAGUCAGAGGAGGAGGCCCAGCGCCACCGCCAGGAGUAUGACGAAAUGGUCGCUGAGGCCAAGAAGAGAGAACUGAAAGAGGCUCAGAAGAAGAAGAGGCAGAUGAAGGAGAGGUUUAAACAAGAGGAAAGCAUCGCAAAUGCCAUGGUGAUCUGGAAUAACGAGAUCCUUCCAAACUGGGAGAGCAUGCGUGGCACCCGAAAGGUUCGAGAGCUGUGGUGGCAAGGCCUUCCUCCCAAUGUUCGGGGAAAAGUCUGGAGCCUGGCCAUCGGAAAUGAGCUUAACAUUACUCCCGAGCUGUACGAGAUCUUUCUCUCCAGAGCCAAGGAACGGUGGAGGAGUUUCCGAGAUACAGGCUGUGAGACUGAAGCGGAGGCGGACUCUGGGGCAUCCUUGGCAGACAGAGAGUCCAGCCUGGACCUGAUUAAGCUGGACAUAUCACGUACUUUCCCCUCUCUCUUCAUUUUCCAGAAGGGUGGGCCAUAUCAUGAUGUCCUGCACAGUGUGCUGGGAGCCUACACCUGUUACAGACCGGACGUGGGAUAUGUGCAGGGCAUGUCUUUCAUUGCUGCAGUAUUGAUCCUGAACCUUGAAGAGGCUGAUGCAUUCAUUGCCUUUGCCAACCUCCUCAACAAACCCUGUCAGAUGGCUUUCUUCAGAGUUGACCACGACCUGAUGCUGAAGUACUUUGCAGCGUUUGAGGUGUUCUUUGAGGAGAACCUCCCUAGACUGUUUAAACACUUUCAAAGUUACAACCUAACCCCUGAUCUUUAUCUGAUUGACUGGAUCUUCACACUCUACAGUAAAUCUUUGCCGUUGGACGUGGCGUGCCGCGUGUGGGACGUGUUCUGUCGGGACGGUGAAGAGUACCUUUUCCGGACCGGACUGGGAAUUCUUCGGCUGUACGAGGAGGUCUUGCUUCAGAUGGACUUCAUCCACAUCGCCCAGUUCCUCAGCCGGCUGCCCGACGACCUGGUCCCAGACCGGCUCUUCAGCAGCAUCGCGGCGAUACAGAUGAUCAGCGGUAAUAGGAAGUGGUCACAGGUGUUUAGCUCGCUAAUAAAGGAAAAAGAAAUGGACAAGAACAAUAGCCCAUCACUGAAAAGCUCCUGACUUCUCUCUUACUCUGCUGUGUUGAAGAGCAGUCAUUCAGUGUGUGGACUAAGGGGGAAACAUGGACCUUACUAAACACGAAAACUUGAUUUCUCUUGAACCGAUGCCAGUAUUACAGAAGUGAAAAAAGACAUUGUGGAAGUGUCCGUGAGAU